AUGGAGCAGAAGACUGAUCAGGUGGCAGAACUCAGGCAACAAAUUGAGUUGAAAGAAGUGGCUCGUGAAGAACUCAGUAGGAGUAUCUCCCAUACUCACCAGACUGGAACUUACCUCAGCCAAUCAGCAGCUUCAAAAGGAGUUGAAUUUGAACGAGAAAUACUUGAGGCAGAGUACUCAUUCAUAACUGAUAAAAUCGUACAAUUGCAAGAUAAGGCUAAGAAGCUGGAAGAAGACAUAGAAAUAACAAGGAAGGAGAUAGAGGAUCCAACAGAAGUAGAAAUUGAGCUGAAGAGGAGGCUUGGUCAGCUGACUGACCAUUUAAUUCAGAAACAAGCCCAGGUUGAGGCUCUGUCCUCAGAAAAGGCGACUAUAUUGUUCAGAAUGGAGGCAGUUUCAAGGUUGCUAGAAGAAAAUAAGUCAAUGAGCAGUAGCUCAUCAAGAGAUUUGGAAUCUGGAGCAUGGGAGCUCUCCCAGUCAAAGUUGGGGCCUCUUUUCGAAGACAAGAUCCGUUCGGGGAGGAGGCAUAUAGGAUCACUGGUUCUGCAGUUGGAUUCAAUUUUUUUGGCCGGUAUGGUGUUUCUGAGGCGAAAUCCAACCGCAAAAUUAUGGUCUUUGGUUUACCUUGUAUGCCUUCACUUUUGGGUCGUUUACAUUCUAAUGUCACAUUCAAACUCAUCAAAUGAGGCCAGAUCGGGCGCUGUCUUUUCCUUGGAGAAUAUCAAUAACACUACAGCUUUAUAAUAUUUGUUUUUCAUUUCUUUUGCCUCACUUUUAAGAGGUUCUUUUUGCUGGGGCGUAGUUUGUUCAGUUUUUUCCCCCUUAACAUGUAAAAAACAUUGAAUCAGUAGGCAUGUAAUUUCUUUUCCAUAUCAAUACAAUAUACUGAGAUUACAACUUUUCA